AUGCACCGCUUUUUACAACUUCCCCCCCGCUCCCUGCCUCGUCGAUUAUUCUCACAAUCCAUAAGCCGAGCAUCUUCACGCUUAUACAAACCUCUCAACCCCAGGACGUCAGAGAUUAGACUCCUCAAAAUACCGUCAAACCCCUCCUCCGAAUUCGAACUUGUCACUAAAUAUGGCCAGGUCACUAUCAAAGGAAACACUGUCAAAAUCCCGGACAACUUAGCUUCGGCCUUUCUCUGCACCUUGAGCAAUGACCCUUUUCGAUUCACAAUCCCAACAAGUUCAACUCAUGCGUCGUAUCUUCCAACGCGCCCAUAUCACUUUGCCUGGGUUGGACCCAAAGAUUAUUCUCUUGCUUUCGAAACUAUCAAAACACUUACGAACGGGAUAUAUGAGAACAUGCCUGAGGAAAAUGCCCCUUAUAAGACAAAAUUCGACCUCGAGUGGUUGCGGCGCCAUCCCAUGCUUUGUAUCGACAGAGCACCUGAGUUACCAAACAACCACUUGAAUGAUCCUUGGUCUGCUGUAACCGACUUCUUACAACAUCAAUACUGGCAACGAGUUUGGAUAUUUCAAGAAGUAGUUCUAACAAAUGAACUUGUUUUCAUCAGUCCAGGAGAAGCCAAUCUUUCUUGGUCUAUGCUCCGCGAUACUCCCCAAAGUAUCAUUUCCGUUGCCAAAGACAAGAAGCCCGAUUUUCUACCAGAUACAGCAUGGAACCUUCUCAGCAACCCGAUGUCAUGGGGGAAGCUCUCGUGGUUAUUCCUUGCGCAAGCACGCACCAAGAUACCGGACCUAGAUGGCUUUAAAUGGUGGGCUGUGUCAACUUUUGCAGCUAAUUUGCAGGCCACCGAUGAUCGAGAUUACAUCUAUGGCCUUCUUGGAGUUUCUGGCAUACCGAUAACUCCUGACUACAGCCCCGAGAACACGACCUCACGGGUCUAUACCAAGUAUAUUGCUGGCUGGCUGAAAGCUGCACGCACACAACAAACUACGCAUGUCCACAGCACUGGGAAAUAUGGCUGCUCAGAUUUGCCAAGCUGGGUUCCCAACUACAGAAAGAAGAGUGAAGCUUCUUCACCCUGGUGUUAUAGUGCCAGCAAAUUUCGCUCAGCUGACGAAGGUGUCGUGACUUCAUCUCCCACUCAUCAUUCAAACUACCCUUAUGUUGUCGAAGAAACACAAAGUCUGUUCAGUUGGGGUAGAGACAUGGGACCUGUCACUUUGUCCACAAACCACCGUCACGAUUCUGAUCCAGAGAUCUUGGCAUCGUUCAUGUCUUUCGCUAACUCUUUCGCCACGAGCAAUUCACAGUAUGCUACAGGGAUCUCGGCUGCCCAGGCUGUUAUCAGGCUGUUAUCCAUGGACACAUCCAAAUAUGUCUCUCAGGACCUUGUCGACAAUGCUAUGAAUCUUGCCAUGCUGAUCACCUAUUUCAAUAUGUCCGAGUCCCAAACUGUCACAAAAACCUGCAGCUCAAAUUGUGAUUAUGAUAUUCUCAAAAUGGCCUUUCCUCCAUCAGAUUUGGCUCGCUUGAAAGUCAAACUUGACGUCGUCGAAGAACUCAGCUCAUGGGGUCUCGAAACACGAAGAGAAGCCGUGUCAAGAAUCAUGCCAGUACUCUACAACUACAGAUUCUUCGAGACAAAUCGGGGCUACUUGGGCGCGGUUGAUUUUGACGUUCUUGAAGGAGAUAGGCUUUGCAUUCUCUGGGGAUACAAAGAGCCAGUAGUCUUGAGGCCAGAUGCAACGGGUUGCUAUACAUUCGUAGGGCCAGCAUAUGUAGUGGAUAUGGACACCAAGAACACAACUCCAAGCCAACGACCUCAAGGACAAUGGUUCGAGUUACGAUAA